AGCCCCUCCACCGAAGGCCCCUCCCCCGGGCCAGAGCUGUCCACCCCCCACAGGGCCAUGGCCCAGGCCAGAGCCUCCCCGCCCCUGGGCAGCACUGCUCUCUGUAACCGCUGAGCCCCUGGCACCCGAGAAACCCGUGGGGCCAAGGCCAGUGGGCUGGGGCAGGGCGGGCUGCCAGCCUGGGUCCCAGGUCCCCUAGUCAGGACUCCCCCCACCACUUCUGCAGCCACCAUGAACCGCCUUCGGAAUAUCAGGCUCCUCCGGCCGCCCCAGGGCCGGCCAAAGUGGGUCCCCAUUCUGGGGGAGCUGCAGAAGACCCUCCAGAAGGGCGAGUACUUGCCCCUCCGCCCGCUGCCCAUGUUCGAGAGUAACUUUGUGCAGGUGACAAAUCGUGGGGGCCCCGUGUAUGUGCAUCACGGAACCAACCGGCUGACCAUGGGUGUGGCCGCCUCCCUGCCAGGCCUGAUGCUGCCGGACAUCUUGCUGAUCGCCCAGCCCCCCGAGGGCAGGGAGGGCGCAGGCCUCAUCCUGACCAGGAUGAUCCCCCUGGACCUCGUCCACCUGUACGUCCACGACCUUUAUGCCUGGCGCCUGAAGCUGCGCUUGGUCACCGGCCGCUACUACUACCUGGAGCUGGAGGCCCCGCACAACGAGGUGGGCUUCCUGUUCGACCGCUGGAUCCGCCUCAUCAACCUGCUACAGGAGCCUGCGACCACCUGGGCCCCCAGGACCAUGCACACGCCCCCCCUGGAGGUGUCCCUGGCUGAACCGCCUGCCUCCACCUGGCACCUCCAGGUCCCAUCCUUUUGGGAACACGCAGUCACGGUUGCUCAGCCCACCUUUCCUUACAAGAUGCUGAAGGCUCACAGACAAAAGAAGACCAUGGCCUUCAAGCGCAGAUUCAGGUCUCAGGCCGUGGGUGACUCCGUGCCCCUCAUCUGGUCGCAGCUGGAACAUGCUGACACUACGAAGAAAUCCAAAGAAAAGAAGUCCCACCCAGACACCUGCCCCGAUGGCUCCUACACUCAAAUCCAUGCUUCUGAGAAGGCCAGCAUCACCAUCCGGACCAUCUUCAGCAUUGUCUCCAGCACCGCCAACCAGAUUCAGUCCUCGACAAAGGCUGGCACGUCUGACUCGGAUGAGGCCACAGGCGAGAGACGCUUGCUUGAGACCCCUUCACACUGUAUCUCGGAGAACGGCCCCGAUUUCUUCUUUCCACACUCCUACGAUCACUUGGAACCGUUCAUGUGGCAGCAACACAUCCAAGACCUCAUGGACCUUGAGUCCAGCACUCUGUCCUCCACCUCCUUCAGCCUGUCUCCCUACCCUCCCUCUGCAUACCUGUCCACACCCUACUCCUCCUUCCCCAGGCCCAGCGAAAAGCAUAGGCCCACAGGCUCCCGGCAGGGGCAGGGGCCACCCCCCUCCCAGAGGGCCCCAUGUGUCCCUGUCCAAUCUAGCAAGGCCCCAUUCAUUGUCGACCAGUCCCAGAAGAUCCCGGCUGUACCUGCUCUAUCCCGGAAGGCCCCAGUGCUCCAAGCGCCACCCCACAAAGCCCUGGCCGUACCUGGGCCACCUCAGAAGGUCUUCGCCAUGCCUGGUCCAAUCUGGAAGGGCCCACGUGUAUCAGCUGUCCCCCAGAAGCCCCCAGCCAUACCUGCUCCGUCCCGGAGGGCCCCACCUGUACCUGCUGUUCCUCAGAAGGCCCCAGCUGUACAAGCCCCACGCCUACCUCAGAAGACCCCAUCUGCAGCUACUAUUACCCAGAAGGGCAUGUCUCUAUUCUUCCCUGGCUCCUCCCAGAAGCCUCCGACCUUACCUACCCAACACCAGAUGGCACAUGGAUUGCCCACCGCAAGGGGGAAGCCCCCUGUCAAUUUUGACCUGUUGCCAACAGGACCUCCCGGGAGGGACGCGCUCCAGAGAAACAAGACUGAAGGGAAGCCAGAGCAGGGAGUGACGGUGGGCACCAAGCAGACGGAUGUGGUGGCGAUGAGGACCCAGACGAAGUCCCUGGGGGUGCCCUUCACCACGACCAAAAAGGAGUCCGAGGACAUCAUGAUGGGCAAAACCCGGGAGAUGACCCUGGAGGGCUUGAGGGGCUGGGGGAAGUCGGAGGACAGGACGCACCGGGCGAAGGAGGAGAUAUCCCUGGACCUGCCUGGUGGGAGGUCCAAGGAGGUGGAACAGCAGAAGAAGUGGGUCAAGAUGCAGGAGCUGGCCAUCGAGGACCCUCCCGAGGAGCACCGCAGGCCCUUCUCGGUGGAGGGGCUCGCCCUUGCCAAAAUGAUGAUCAUUGCCAACUCCAAGGAGCAGCGCUUGAGACCCACUUUGGUCUCACUUCCCUCCUGGCUCUCGGUGACCUCCCACACCUCUGCCAUGUCUACAAUGGGCUCAAUGCCCUUCAACUCCAACCAGCUGAAGGGGCCGUCGGUGACGGUGAGGGAGUGGCCAGAGUCGCACACCUGGGUGAAAAAGAACAAGCAGCAAUGGACAGAGAUGAAGGAGCCACCCUGGGACACAGUGAGGCCUUCCAAGGCACACCUCCGCGCUAAGGCCACCUCCGGCAGUCCGAAGAUGGAACCUGUCUCCCAGGCGCCCAUCCCCCUGCCUGCUUCUCAGUGGGAGGACUUACCGCCAUCACCGCUCAUGGACAGCCCCAUCUCAAGGAUGGAGGCCACAGCCAGGCUGCUCCAGCAGCCCACGAGGACAUCUCAAGAGCCCGUGACGGUGCCAAACCAGCGCCCCGUGGCCAGGGCAGGGUCAUCCUCAAAGAUUAUCUUGCCCAUGCUGGUAGAAAUUGACAAUAUGAGGGACAAGGACAUCAAGGUAGAGAAGAUAAAGGAGGACCCCCCCAUCUUCAAUCCUCCACCCAGCGGGUUUCAGUAGCAGGAUGCAACGGACUCAACCGUACUCGGCAAACUGUCCAGAGGAGCCCAACAUGGCCAGGCCCCCAGGGUGCUGUGCACCGCUGCUGUAAGGAGCAGAGUGCUGGAAAGGCCGGCUGGGGGCAUCCUCCCUCUCCGGGAGAGACCAGAACUAUCGAUACGUUUGUAUAUUGGGGGCGGGGGGCGGGGAGGGAGGGAGAGCCCGCGGAGUAGCCCAGCUUCGCAGACAUUAAAAGCCUGAGUCUCAGGCUCGGCAAA